CUUAAGAUCUGCUUUAUCUCCAUGUGCAAUAUUCUCAUUUUAUACCCACCCCAGAUCUUGAUUAAAACAACCACACUUGGAUCUUCAAUCCUUUAGAACAAAAUCUUUAUCCUGUUCCAAAGCUUCAUCCAUGGUCUCGGGUUUUCGCAGUUUCUGUACCGCGUUAGUCCUCCUCCCCGUUCUCUAUUCUAUUUCAUUACUCUACUGGUCCUAUUCCACUGAUUCGGUCUACUUUCAUGGAGCACGAAUGGAGUCGGGAAUAGGAAUGGGAACGGGCUCGAACCACCCGAUCGAUCUCCUAACAUUCCCAGUAGCAUGGAACCAGCUUUCAUUCCCUUCGAACCCGCCUCGAAAACUCCUCAAAAUCGCACUUUUUGUCAAGAAAUGGCCCGACGGGAGGCACGCUGGCGGGCUCGAGCGGCAUGCUUUGACGCUGCACCUUGCGCUGGCGAAGCGCGGGCAUGAGCUUCAUAUCUUCACAAGUUCCUCUUCUAGCUUCUCUUUCCCAGAAUACCCUUUCGAGAAUUUACAUUUCCAUCUCUCGAAACCCACGGCUGCGGGUUACUUAGACCAAGCUCUUGUUUGGGAACAAUUUGAAGCUCAAAACUCAACCCAGAGCCCGUUUGAUGUGGUUCAUACCGAGAGUGUAAGCCUGAGGCACACGCGGUCGAAAUAUGUUCCAAACUUGGCAGUUUCUUGGCAUGGGAUCGCGUACGAAUCCAUACAUUCUGAUAUAAUUCAAGAGCUCUUACGAGCACCAAAUGAGACCCAAGCGAAUCACUUGACCGAAAAAGGUAACAAGAUAGUCGAAGAAAUUAAGUUCUUCCAAAACUACGCACACCACGUCGCUACAAGCGAUCAUGUUGGCGAUAUACUAAAAAGAAUCUACAUGGUCCCGGAUAAUCGAGUUCAUGUUAUACUCAACGGUGUAGAUGAAGACGUUUAUAAACCCGAUUACGAAGAAGGUCAAGGCUUUCGGUCACGCUUAGGCAUUCCGGCAUCCAAGUCACUGAUCAUCGGAAUGGCGGGUAGGUUAGUUAAAGACAAAGGACACCCGUUAAUGUUUGAAGCCUUAAAGCAGAUGUUCGCGGAAAACUCAACGUUUAAGGAUACCGUAGCGGUUUUAGUAGCCGGAGACGGUCCAUGGGGUGUUCGCUACAAGGAACUUGGACCUAACUUAUUUGUUUUAGGCCCGUUACAAACGAGUCAACUAGCAAGAUUCUAUAACGCAAUUGACAUUUUCGUGAACCCGACUCUUCGGGCUCAAGGUUUGGAUCAUACUUUGUUGGAAGCGGUUCUUUCCGGUAAGCCAUUAAUGGCUACAAAGCUUGCUAGCAUCACGGGCUCGGUGAUCAUCGGAAAGGAGUACGGGUAUACGUUUUCACCAACCGUUGAUUCGCUUAAGCACGGUCUUUAUGAAGUUUGGAAGGAUGGGAGAGAACUGUUGGAGAAGAAAGGUAAGGUGGUCAGAGAAAGAGGUAUGAAGCUUUUUACCGCAACAAAAAUGGCAGCCGCAUAUGAAAGAUUGUUUUUAUGCAUAUCAAGUGGCGAAAAGAAUCGAGAUUAUUGCAAGUAUUAGCUUAACGAUUGUAAACAAAUUUAACGUCUUUCGACACGUUUGACCCCUCAAGACUUGACCAGUUCAAAGACGAAACACCAAGGUACAUAACUAGAGGCUAUAGAUUAGGUGGGCUCAGUAACGGAUCAGGUUCGGGGGGUCAAACGUGUAACUGUUGACCCGUUACCUUUGCAAUGUACUUACUAGUAGGCUUUUAUUAUUUAUUUUUGCACAUAACUGUACUACUUAUGCAAAGAUGCAUAGCAUCAA